UACGCCUGGCUUUCCUCAGACUCCAGGUCUCAGCUGCUAGGUUGACUUGGGACUCCAUCUCCCAUCCACCCAGGUGGCUUGGGACUCCAGGUCCCACCCGCCUGGCCUGGUCCCAGCUACUUGGCUUGCCUGGGACUCCAGGUCCCAUCUGCCUGGCCUGCCUGAGACACCAGGUCCCAGCUAUUUGUUUGCCUGGGACUCCAGGUCCCAUCCACCUGCCUGCCUGAGACUCCAGCUUCCAUCCGCCUGACUUUGCUGGGACUCCAGCUCCCAUCUGCUAGCUUCUGAGGUGCUGAAUAUCUGAAAGUACUCCAGUUCCCAUCUGCCUGUUAUCUGCAGGCAUUGGGCCGGUCAAGAACCAAAAUUCAGCAAGUUAUGGAUUCCCAUUUCACAUGACCUGUGGAGGAAAUGACCAGAAAUUGAAGCAAAUAAAAAGAUAUUGAGAGCCUGAAGACAAAACUGGCAGACUGGCAGAGAGCAGGAACCAUGUGUUCCCAAGAGCCCAAAAUUGUCGCCAAGAUCAAAGAAGUAACUGGAAUUUCCAGCACCUAUUAAUCGCUUCUUAAAGGGCAUACUCAAGCUUAGAAUCUGUCAGAUCAGAUCCUGAUUGGCAUUCUUUUUUUCUUGAUAUUUUGAAUGGUCUAUUUCUUCCUGAAGAACAAUUCAAAUGACUCUUGUUUUUAAUUUCCGUAGACACUUUUUUCGCUGAAGGUUUAUUUUUAGAUUGAUAAUUUUAAGUCCUUCUCGUAUCCAAUUCAGUUAAAGAUCGUAUUAGUUCUGCUUGUUAUAAUACAGUAAAAACAAUGUGACUGCACUGAGUUUUAAACAAAUAGAUACCAUGAUAUUGCAAUGAACAAAGAUGCAAAUUUAAAUUGGAUUAAAUCCCACUGUAAUGAGGUCACUUGAACAACAAUUUAUAAAAACUAAUUAGGCUACCACAACAAACUCAGUGAGGUGCUUGGUGUUCUCUUGUCUUGCAGAUGUUUCAUUAUCAAACUAGGUAACGUCAUCAGUGCUGGACUAAAGUACUAGCAGGGAUGAUGUGACCUAGCUUGGUGAUGAAGCAUUUGCAAGGAGACAACCAAGGCCAGAGAGCCCCCAAGGAUCUCCCCUUUCAACUCUGAGCUACAAAUAUUCUCCUCCAUCAGAACAAACCUUUUCAGAUAUAAGUCUGUUUAUAAUUCCUUAAAUCAAGGAUCUCCAACUCCUGGGCCACAGCUCACUACCGGCUAUGGCCUAUUCAGAACCAGGCUGAUGGCAGAUGGUUUGAAGGGUAGUUGUCUAGGGAGAUUCUCAGUCAUCCAAAUUGUGGUUGUUCCAAAGGGGCUUUUUCAAGAGGCAACUGGACUUUCUGGGUUUUUUUUCCCUUCCCUUUGAAGAGGUUUCGCUUCUCAUCCAAGAAGCUUCUUCUAGAACUGAAGAAGCUUCUGGGAUGAGAAGCGAAACCUCUUCAACGGAAAAAAAAAAAGAACAAACAAACCAGAAAGUACGGUCGCCUCUUGAAAAAGCACCUCUGGGCUUGAAGGGUAGACGGGCCUAAAGCCCCUUUGACCAGAAGUUGAAAGAGUGUCGUUUGGCGCACGUAAGUUGCCUUUGAAUUGUUUUUCCCGAAGGAUAUUCGGACGCCAUGACGGUCACCCUCGUCUGCGAUCCCUCCGAGGCCACGGAGCUGUGCGCCUCCCAGCAGCUUUACCUGAAGCCGGUGGCGAAACUGACCAUCAGCGUGGUGCUUCCGGAACACACCGGAUCGACCCGGGCUUUCUCCAAGUGGGAAGUGAUGGACAAGCUGAAGAACAUGAUCUCCCCGGACCAGUUCAGCAACGUGAAGGUGUCGAAGAGCACCAAGACCUUCGUCCGGUUCGAAGGGGAAGCCGAAACCAAGCGCUUGGUCUCCCUCCUGAAGGAGAAGCUCCACGGCCAGCGGAUCAAGCUGAACGGGUUUAAGGAAGAGCUGGAGGUGGUCGCUACGGAAGCCCCUCCCGACAGCCCAACGACUCAGGAACCUGAGCCCCAACCCAAGGCCCCAAAGCAGCCGGAGGAGGAGCAAAGCCAGGCAGUUCCGGACUGCAUCCACUUGGAAGGCCUGCCCUGCAAGUGGUUUGCCCCCAAAGGUUCAGACAGCGAGACCCCCAGCGAGGAGGUCUUGAGGACGGUCUUUGGCCCUUUCGGGGAGAUCCGGAACGUCGACAUCCCCAUGCUGGAUCCCUACCGGGAAGAAACGGUGGGCAGAAGCAGGAACCACUUUGCUUUCCGUGGGAUGAGGUCCUUCGAGGCCUUCGUCCAGUACCAGGCUCCCGAAUCGUUCGCCAGAGCCAUGGAGACCCUGAAGGGCAUGAAGCUGAUGCUCAAGGGCGAUGACGGCAAAGCCCUGGCGUGCAACAUCAAGGUGACGCCUGACGCCACUAAUCAUUUCAGUGAGAAUGCUAUAAAACAGAGAACCUUAGAAAGGUUAACCCUCCAAGGCCUAGAGCGAGAGAGAAAGAGAGAGGAGAACAGAGGAAGAAAAGGGACAGAAAGAAAAAGACGGGAUGACGAGGACAAGAAAAGCGGAGAAGGAAGGAGGAGGUUUAAGAUCAAAAGGCGAGAAAAAAAACGAGAGGAGAAACGCCCCAGGAAGCAUCUGAAAUCAACAGCUGCAGAAAGACUGAAUUCCCCAGACCUGCCUGAAUGGGAGGAGAGGAAAUACCUCCUGGCCCAGAGAAGGGUGGAGUCCAUCAGGCUCCUGACAGCGCUGCUAAGCCAAAUAAAAAAUUUUGUGCUGUCCUCUGGGCAAACCGAGGCCCAUUUUCCGGAGUCUCAACCCGAACAGGAGAAGACUUUCUCCACCCCACACGUAGAGGACGCACACAAGGAAGAGAUGGAUGCGCCUCACCUUGAACAUCCAGAAGUGGAGGAUGAGACGCAACCUACCUGUCCCUCUGCCCUGCUGGAAAACGUCGCGAUCGACGAAGAGAAAGACGCACCAUUCCUGGCUGAAGAGUUCCCUCCCUCCCCUCCUUCCUUGGGGAGAGCGCUUCCGAACGAACCCGCUUCCAGGGCCGUCACCAGCCACCUAACGGAGAACGAUGCCCACCCCUUUCCCGCCGCUGGCUUCCUGCAAGUGACGGUCACUCAGGACUGCCAAGCGAUCGAGUCGUCCCCCGACAGGUGGGAUUACCUGAGACCUCACUUGGGGUCCUUUGCAGAGGCUCCCGAGGCAGCUCAGGCAAAGAAGCGAAAGGUUUACGAAACGGAGGAAUUCAUACAUUAUUUACUGAACUACUACCAAACGCCCCGCUAUGCACGGAUCUGCACCAGCCCGCAAAGCCCAUCGGACGCCUCUUGGUGGAACAGGGUGGUGUCGUGUUCUGGGGACGGCUUCCGGGUCAAACUGAAGAACAGAGACGAAGACUGUUGGACGGAAGAGAGUUUAGGGUCGGAUCUCCCUGAAUAUGAGCCUCGAGAGGACGAUGAAGGUGACCCCUGGGAAAUUAUCGACGGAAGGUCUGAGCCUGCAGAAGGCCAAGCGGGUCCCCGAGAGUUUAGCGGAGGUUACCCAGGAGAAUGGGACGAUUCCCCGGAGGAAGAGGAGGAGAGCGUCGGCUCCCCGCCGGACAGCUCGCGUAGUCCCCUGCCAGGAAGCAACGAUACCGCUCACCAGAAAAUGCCCCAAGAACAAAGCGCUGAACUGGUGGCGUUGUCCUCUCCCACUAUGUAUAAACUGAAAGACUUGCUGGAGGAGAUCAGCAGCGAUUCGGAGUAUUUCAGUGAGGCGCUUAACGAGCCCCGGAACCCGUCGGAGCAAAGGAACGGAGGCUACCAAGGCAGCUACCAGAUGUGGCCUCCCCACCAGCAGAAGGCCAAAGAACUCUUGAUCCGCGUCCGGAACGUGGACGGUGAGGACCAAGAGGAGAGACGUAGCACGCGCAGCUUCUGCUCUGGCGUGGAAUGCUGCGGCUCCCCUGGAAUGAAGCCUAAGACACGGUUGAAGAGAUCCGGCGGCAAGCUCUGGUACGAAGAGCCCCAAAUCCAAUGGCCGUCCAGCGAAGAGGAGAGAGAGCUCAGCAGGAAGAGGAAGAAGAAGAGGAAGCGGUUCUCCGACAGCGCCUUCCUGGACGAGGAGGCGCCAUUCCUCGAAACCAACCACCGCGGAGGGCUGGAGGCCUUCAGCGAGAUCCAGAGGGAAUGCCGCAAGCUCAUCCGUCCCAACGUGAAAUGCAGGACUCUCCCUGCCUUGGCGGAGACCAUCGAAAUCAAGGACCUUAUCCAUUUUAGUGCCUCUCCGCUGCAGGAGGAAGCUCCCCGGGUGACAAGGAAGGGGAACGUGGGCGCCGUCGGCGAGAGAAGGCGCAAAGCGGAAGACGGGCAGAGGCUUUCCAGGCGCCUGGUGGAAAGGUGAUAAUAAGAGGGCAGAGCUCAGGGAUGGAGUAGAAAUGGCGGGGUGUGUGGGCGAAGGAAGGUGGCCUCCAAAGAACUCGGCAGAUCAAGCCAGCCCGACGUUUAGCAGGUUUGAGCAACUCCUGAAAACAAGAAAGCCCCCUCCCCUCUUUCGAAGUUCUCGCCUUCCUCCCCUGCUUUGCACAGUCCUUCCAGUUGAGAAGAAGCCGGAAACGGGAGGACGGCCUUCCGUUCCCUGUUGAAAUAAUCCAGCUCGGCUCGUGCUUGGACUCCAGUCUACGGGGCAAACCAUGGCGGGGGAGGAUGCUAGUUCGGUAUGGGGGACCUUGCAAACGAUAUUCGGGUUAGAAGUUUCACCUUAGGUCGUUUUAUACAACCCUCUAAAAAGGGCUUCGCUGCAGAGCCUGAACUAUAUUGCCUUGGGGGGCUGGUUGGAGAGAGAGAGAGAGUGUGUGUGUGUGUGUGUGUAGCUUUUGGGGUGCGGGGUCUCUUCUGCAUGCUGGAAAAGGAAGAGCAGCAUGGGUGAGACACUCGUAGCGUCAUAAAAAAGUAGG